AUGGACCAACUACCUCCAGACGCAACUAAGAAAGUACUCAGAACUGAGGAGACGCUAAACGGUAAGCAGUUAGAGGCGCUGGAACUGGAUAAACUGAAGACAAAGUAUAUAUCGUCCCAAAGUCCUGCUCCGAAGUCUCUAUCAGUCUCGAGCGAUAAUGAUGGUAAUGGGAACUUGCACAAGUACUCAAUCAUCAGGAGCGGUUUCAGAAGCGCCAGCAGUCUAAAAUGUGCCAAAGUGGUCAUUCAUGCUCCCAAAAAUGUAGCUCCCACUGAGCCUGUAGAUGCCAGUAGCCAACGCCUGACGCAAUACUACAUUGCCAGUAUUAAGCGACUGAUAGUAGUAAUAAUGGAUGAUAUUGAAUUGCUGCGAGUGAUUGCAAAGCAGCACAAAAUCGCUUUCCAUGACUCGGAGAAGAACGAAGUGAUCGUCGAUCUCAGCGUUGUUUGUCAGCACCUUCGAAAAACAAGCAUCCUUUUGGUUCGCUGUAUAGCUCAGUUAAACAGUCGACGUCAUGUCGAACGAAUACUCCUUAAGUUAAAGAACCGCAGUACGGUAAAACUGCUACUGGGCAAAAUUGAUACUGAAAGGAAGAAGAAAAAACUGUGGAAAACUUGA